AUCUUAAAUUAUUGGUCACUAAACAAUUUUGUUUCUCUAUUUUUGUCCUUUGUGUAACUCUUUUCAUUUGGACAGAAAUUAUUUUAGUUCGGAAACUAGAAUACAUCGGAUUUUGACAACCGUUGGCGGGAUUUAAUUUCGUUAUUUGUCAGUCAAUACAGUGCAUGUUUAUUGUUAUUUUCAUUAAGUUUAUAAUAAUUAACUUGUUAAGUUUUUGGUCUUACAUACCAUGUCGUCUUUGCAACCUAUACACGCUUUAAGCUUGGAUUCUGUGCAGCAACAGGCAUUUGUCAAAUUAUUUCAGUCUCUACCAGAGAAACCCGCAACAACAGUGAGGAUUUUCGACCGCAAUGACUACUACAGCGUUCAUGGAUCUGACGCAACCACCGCUGCCAGAGAGGUGUUUUCCUCUGUCGCGAACAUUAAGAAGAUGGGCCUUGAGCCAAACCGCCUCGACUAUCUUGUACUUUCAAAAGGCAACUUUGAAAUUCUCUUGAAGAAACUUCUACUGGUGAGACGUUACAGAGUAGAGAUAUACGUGGCCGAUGGUUCAGUGAAGGGCAGCGAUUGGUCACUCAAGUACAAAGGCUCGCCCGGCUAUUUGUCGCAGCUAGAAGAGAUUCUUGGUGAAGGACUGGGAGCCUCCGACGAAACGACGCCAUGUCUCAUGGCUGUGAACAUUAAAACUGAUGCAGUUACUAAGGGUCGACUGCUCGGCGUUGCUUGUGUGACAGCCGGGGACUAUCAGAUGUCAGUCACAGAGUUCACUGAUGACGACUUGCUUACAGAACUAGAGACUAUUACAGUACAGAUGGCGCCCUCCGAGUGUCUCGUACCGAUGAGUGAUAGCGAUGACUACAAAGCAUUAAAAAAGGUCAUGGAACGCACGAACGUAACUUUAACGAAAUUAAAGAAAUCUGAGUUUUCAACUGAAGGCCUCACACAAGAUUUGAAUAGAUUACUCAAGUUCAAAGAGAAUCAGCAACAAGACGCCAAUGCAUUCCCCGAGACGAGGAAAGAUGUCGCCAUGAGUAGCUUAGCUGCCGCCAUUAAAUAUUCAGCUUUAUUGACAGAUAGUACUAAUUUUGCCAGAUUCCGCCUAUCAACAAUCCAGGCGGACUGCUUCCUGCACCUGGACGCGGCGGCGCUGGCGGCCCUCAACGUGUUCCCCGAGCUGGGCGACACGACGCACGCGCCCUCCCGCAGUCUGUACGGGCUGCUCGACAGGUGUCGCACGCAGCAGGGGAAACGUCUUCUAGCACAAUGGCUACGACAACCGCUACGCGAUAUAAACCUAAUCAACGAACGUCUCGACAUCGUGGAACUGAUGAUGAACAACUCGCAGCUUCGAUUACAACUGCACGAAGACCACCUGAGACGUAUACCUGACUUACAAGCGCUAGCAAGGAGGCUGACCAGAAAGAAGGCUAACUUACAUGACUGUUAUAAAAUCUAUCAGGCUAUUAACAGGCUACCAGCCUUACUGCGUUGUUUAGGAGAAGCAGACAACGCAACCGUUCACUCAUCAAUCACUGAACCAAUAUCGGAACUCAAUGAAGAUCUUGGAAAAUUUGUACAGAUGAUUGAGACCACUGUAGAUAUGGAAGCUGUUGAUAGAGGCGAUUUCCUCGUGAAACCUUCCUUUGAUGAACAACUUCAGAGCUUAAGUGAACAAUUAGAGGAGCUUCAGUCAACAGCUGAAAAAGAGCUGAAUAAAGCGGCGCGUGAUCUGAACCUGGAUGCCGGCAAAACUAUAAAGUUAGAUUGUAACCCACAGAAUGGAUUCUUUUUCAGGGUCACUAUGAAAGAGGAACAAUCUCUACGUGGAAACAAAAAAUACACCAUCAUAGAUGCCGUAAAAGGAGGUGUGAGAUUCAAAACUAAAGCGUUGGACAAUAUCACCGAAGAUUACACGUCAACGAAAUCCUCCUACGAAAAGGAACAAGACACAGUAGUUGCUGAAAUUGUUGGCAUAGCAGCGGGAUAUUCAGAAUGUCUGUUUAGCUUGUCGCACAUCCUGUCUCGUUUGGACGUGUUGGUAUCGUUCGCGGUGGCUGCCGCCAGCGCUCCCGCGCCCUACGUCCGGCCCGUCAUCACGGAGGACAUCAAUGAACUGGUGUUGAAGGAUCUCAGACAUCCUUGUUUAGAGAUAGCUGAAGGAGUUUCGUAUAUACCCAAUGAUGUUGUUUUUAAAAGAGAGUCGAGCCUGCUGCACAUAGUGACAGGCGCCAACAUGGGCGGCAAGUCCACGUGGAUGCGGUCGUGCGGCGCGGCGUGCGUGCUGGCGCAGGCGGGCGCGCCCGUGGCCGCGGCCGCCGCGCGCCUGCCCGCCCUGCGCGCGCUCGCGGCCCGCCUCGGCGCCGCCGACGCGGAGGCGCGCGGACACAGCACCUUCAUGACCGAGAUGCUCGACACCGCCGCCAUACUGCGGACUGCGACCCCUGAUUCUCUUGUCCUAAUCGAUGAAUUAGGAAGAGGAACCUCAACUUACGAAGGCUGUGGAAUAGCAUGGGCUAUAGCUGAGGAGCUAGCAACUAAGAGUAAAUGUUUCUGCCUAUUCGCGACUCACUACCAAGAGCUAACCCGCCUGGCGAGCGCGCACCCCGGCGUGAUCGUGAACUCUCACGCCGAGGCCUCCGUCGUCAGCGGCCAGCUGCUGCUGCUGCACCGCAUCGCGCCCGGACCCGCCCUGCACUCGCUAGGGCUACACGUUGCCAAGCUAGCUGAUCUACCCGAACAUAUUAUUGAUUACGCUGAAGCUAAACAAGCGCAACUUGAAAUCAAUCUCUUUGAUGUGGAGGCUGCAGUUGAAUCUCAAGAAUCUACAGAAGGGCACAAAUUAAUUGUGGAAUUCCUACGUAAAUGUAAACAAAUACAGGAGGAAACAACAUCGGAUGAAACUAUGAUGAAGAAAAUAGGCGCACUCAAAGAAGAAUUGUUGAAAUCCAACAACAAAUAUGUAGCAUCUCUUAUGGCCUGAUUGUUUUUCAAAUAAAUUGUUCUUUUUUACGUUUA